AUGUCCAUCAGUAUACAAGACACGAUUAAGGCCAUCAGGGACAUGAUUCCUAUAAUCGACCCGGAGGAAGACUAUCUCACUAUUGCUGCUGCAGAAGAGCAGAUGUCCAUUACUGAGCAAGAGCGAAAGAGAGAAUUCGAAGAAGCGCAGCUCAAACUGCGCUCACUCACCCGCAUCUUGGAGGCAGCAAGAGCGUCAUCCACGAGACCACCAACGAUCCCCUCAGCGGAAGCCCAUGCCGCAAUGAUGAAUAAGCUGGAUGCUACACGCUUGUCCCUUGCCAAAGCAAUCAACGACGCGGAGAGUUCACUUGCAGGCAAAGAAGCGGAGCUUGCACGCCUCAAAGAGGAAACCACGGCUCUUGAAGGAUCUGACUCCACCACAGAACACGACUUGGAUGCCACAGCACUUCGACUUGCGCUGUACAAGGGACUGGGCUUCGAGCCCAUCAUGACCAAGGACGGCCGAAUAGAAAAGAUGCUCGUCCGCUCAGAAUCAAGCGAUGUACAUUGUGUUACCUUCGAAGACGGAAAGUCAGACAGGGAGUAUGCGGAUUUGCUCUGGAAACUAGCCUCAUCAUGA